UCGGGGUAUUCAAACAUCGAGUCGUCGUGUUAGAGUAGCCUAUAAAACAAGGGGCAGGGACAGGUUUUUUGUACCGUGAUCUGCCUUCGGUUAAGGAUGGCUUCGUUGCCUCAGGCUAAGCUACUUCUCUGCCUUAUUCUUUACGCUUUUUCGACAAGCGUUACAGCACAAAAUCUACUGGAUCCUAUUCCAAGGUCAUGCAGAAGUCUGGCGGGAGGAGCCGGCCACCAAGUGAUGUGGAAGUCAAGCGAAACGAGUAUCCAGCUGGUGGGACAAUGAUGGUGUUAGCCCAGGUGCCCGGGGGUAUCAAGGGCGUCUUCGAGUUCUACCUGUGCCUCGAGGAUGGAAACAACCAGGACGAAGAGUGCUUGGUCAGGCAGCCACUCCAGUUAGCUGAUGGCUCAGGCACCAAGUUUGACAUGUCCACGAUUCCCGAACCUGGCAACUUCGAGAUACCUGUCGUAAUUCCGGACAACGUGUCUUGUGAGAAGUGCACUCUUCAGUGGCGAGUCCUGGUGGAACAAUGUCCUAACGAUAAGAACUGUCAAGUAAUGGACGAGGAAUUCUGUGCUGACAUCUCGGUUCGUGAAAUCAAGACUGCUGACAAGAGAAUCUUCCGCCUGAUCUUCAGAUUAUUCAAGGGAGCCUUUUCAUCAAAAAGGGGCUCUGCAAGGAAAGAGUAACGCGAUCAAACAAACCGGGCCCGGAACAAAAGGAUUUUUGGUAUAUUGUUCAGUGUGCUGUCAGCCUUUAUGUAACAAACUUGUUCAAAAUGACAAAAAGCCACCACGGAGCCUCUCAUUAAGAAGAUAAUGAGCCAAAAAAGACUGAAGAACAUGAAAUUAUAUUUUUCUUUUUAUUGUUUCUAAGCUGAAACUUUGGUCUUUCUACAUAUUUUCAA